GGGUUGUUUUUCUUAGUUUCCUUUAUUUUUCGUGCCCGUUCGAUCGAGCCACACUGCACAUGCUCUUAAAGAAUGAAUAACAAAACAUCCUCGAAAAGGUCAAGUUGGAUCAUUAAUGACUUUUCCUUUUUCCACAUAUAAUUGAAGAGAGAUAAUGCUUGAAUGGUCAUCCACAACUUUACAAUCAUCAUCUUCACACGCAAAAAAAAUUCACAAGCAUUCUCUCUCUGCAAAACCAUGGAUGGAGGAGGUGUGUCUGCUGCGGCCAUUGAAAUUCUGCUUCAAAGCCUUAUCAAUGUUUUCAAAGAAGAGCACUCUCUACUUCGAGGUCUCGACGAAGAUGCCCAACAGCUGCAAACGACUUUGGGAAUCAUUCAGGGUUACUUGAAUGAUGCGGAGAAGAAAUCCAUCUCCCAAGAUGCUGUCAAGAUCUGGUUGAGGAAGCUUGAAGCACUGGCCUUCGAUGCUGAUAAUGUUUUGGACGAACUCAGCUAUCAUCUUCUCCACAAAGAAGUCAACAAAAUGAAGACACGCAAGGAUAAGGUACUAUCAUGCUUCUCAUCCUUUAAUCACAUCUCACGCCCACGAAAUAUGGCUCUUGGAAUCAAACAAAUCAAUACGAGUUUUGAGAAUAUGAACAAGACGGCAACUGAGCUCGGCCUUCAGAGCAUAGUGGUGAAUGCACCUGCUGCUGCUGCUGCUGUAAAUGCUUCCUUUGAGACUGAUUCAUUAUCUCUUGAUCCAAUCUUUAUUGGUAGAGAUGAUGAUGUGCCUAAACUAGUUGAGAUGCUCACCCAGACCCACCCACAGGAGAGGAUCUUCUCUAUCCUUGCUCUUGUCGGAAUGGGAGGUAUGGGGAAAACUACGUUGACUAGGAAAGUCUUCAAUCAUGAAAAGAUGAAGACUCAAUUCGGAUCACGGCUUUGGGUUCAUGUUUCUCAAACUUUUGAUCCAAUCCUUCUUUUCAACAAAAUCCUUUCAACAUUGACUUCACAUACUGGUGUGGGAGUUGAGAGUAGGGAAGUUCUCCUGCAAAAGCUUCAAGAAGCUUUGAAGGCUAAAACUUAUCUUCUUGUGCUUGAUGAUGUAUGGAACGAAGAUUUUCAGAAAUGGGAAGGCUUUAUAAAUUCCAUGUCGGGAAUAACUUCUACUAAAGGAAAUGGCAUUCUCAUCACUACCAGGAGUCAAAAGGUUGCUUCAAUUGUGAACCCACUUGACAUUCAUAUGUUGAAAAGCUUAUCAGAUGAAGAUUGCUGGUCGAUAAUCAAAGCUAAAACUUUUGGAAAUGGACAAGUUCCACCAGGAUUGGAGAAGAUUGGAAAAAAGAUUGGAAAAAGAUGUCAAGGUUUGCCCUUAGCUGCCAAUGUGGUCGGGGGAGUGCUACGCUGUAAAUCAGAAGAAGAGUGGCUCCAAGUCGAAGAGAAAUGGCUUACAGAUGUUGAGGGAGAUAACAUCUCAAAAAUUUUGAUAUUGAGUUUCGAUAAUUUGUCUUCACCAUCACUCAAGAAGUGCUUCACAUACUGUUCAAUUUUCCCAAAAGGUGACAGAAUUGUGAAGCAGGAGCUGAUUGAACUAUGGAUGGCAGAAGGUUUUCUUCAGCCAAAUGGAAGAGAUGAUAUGGAGUGUGUGGGCGACAUGUUCUUUAAUAUGCUUCUACAAAACUCUUUGUUGCAAGUUGCGAAGAGAGAUGAUAUUGGAAAUGUGGAGAGUUGUGUGAUGCACGAUCUUGUGCAUGAUCUGGCAUCUUCUGUUUUGGGUUCUAAUAAUGCAGAUGGCUGCAACCAAAUCAGAUACAUCACUCUUCAAGGAAAAUCAAAGCCUAUGCCAAAACAUUUGCGUACAUUGUUCUUGGAAGGUGGAGAAAUUCCGGGUAACAUGUUGUCCAACUUGGAAAGUCUGCAUGUUCUUACUCUUAAGAGUUAUGGAGUUGAAGAGUUGCCCAAUUCAGUUAGGAAGUUGAUACAUUUGAGAAAUCUUGAUAUUUCAAAUACAAAAAUUAAGAAUUUGCCAAGCUGGAUUAGUGAAUUCCAUCACUUGCAAACAUUAAGAGCCGAGAGAACGUGGGAUCUGUUUCUGCCAAGUACGUUAAAGUACUUGAUUAACUUAAGGCAUCUUUAUAUCAGCGAUGGUGUGAAGUUGCCUGCGGAGAUUGGGAGAUUAAGUUGUCUCCAAACACUAAGGCACUUUAGUGUGGGUGACAACAAGGGCUAUCGAAUUGAAGAGCUUGGAAGUUUGAAGAAUCUCAAAGGAAAACUAAAGAUUAGUAGUUUGGAAAAGGUGCAGAGCAAAGAAGAAGCAGAGACAGCAAAAAUAUUUGAGAAGCCAAACUUAUUUGAUUUGAGGUUUGAAUGGGAUUAUUCCAGAGAAGGUGAAAGAAAUGUUGAUGAGAGUGUGUUGGAAGGCCUCCAACCUCAUGCAAAUGCCAAUCUAAAGAAGUUAGAGAUUGAUGGAUUCAAAGGCAAAAGAUUUCCAGAAUGGAUUGAGAAGAUGGCAGUACGGGAUGGGCCUCAAGCCUCUUGGCUACCACUUCAAAACUUGAUUCAGAUAACACUCGAGAGGUGCUCAGAAUGUGAGGAAAUCCCACAGCUGGAGCACUUGCCAAAUCUCAAAUCUCUUUCUUUGAUAGGAUUGGAGAAGGUGAGGUUCAUAAAUUCUUCAUUCAAUAAUUUAACAUCCCUCAAAAUAGGAGACUUGGAGGGAUUGGAAUGUCUGCCAGAUUGGUUAUUCUAUAAGAAUCAGAAUCUAUCAGAGUUGGUGAUAAGUAGAUGCCCCAGGUUGAGAGAAUUACCAGAUGGACUGGAAACCCUCAAUUCUCUGGAGAAGUUGACUAUUUCUAGAUGUGGAAAUGUGAAGUCAAUAGGGAAUCCAAGUGGCAGAGAAGGACAAUCACAAGGAAUCCUUCGUCGGCUCACGAUCGAAGGGUGCGAAGGGUUGAUGGUUUUGCCACGUCAAAUGCUAGAGUCAUGGGCGCCAACAAUCGAGUAUCUCAAGUUGAGGGGAUUAAGCAGCCUAAAGAAUCUGCCGAUGGUAAUUGACUGCCUCGCUAAAGCAGUGAGUCUCAGAGAAUUGGCAAUUGUUGGUGUUCCUAAAUUCUUCAUGUCUACUGAUAGUGUCAAGAGUUGGGGUUCAGGCUGCUUAUGGAAAUUAGUGAUAGAUGUGAGUUGGGAGUGGUCAAUGGAGAGUAGUGUUGGCAUUAAACAGACUGUGGAUGCCUUAUUGCAAGGAUGCUGCAACUCACUUACUUCCUUGGUCUUAAGAGGGGUGGAAAAUUGGGAGUGGUUACCAGAAUCAAUUCAACAUCUCACAGCUCUUGAUUGGUUAGCGUUACAUAAUUUAGGGGUAGAAGAAUUGCCUGAAUGGUUGGGGAACCUUCCAUCUCUACGGAUCUUAAGUCUAAAUAGAUGCAACAAGUUGAGGCGUCUGCCCUCUUGCUGGGGGGAUGCAUUGAAGUGGUUAAAUAUCAAAGAUUGUGGGGAAUUAGGCAUUGAUCCUAUUCCUGCAGAGUGGCACAACAACUUUCCCAAUCUCACCGUCUGGGUUGACGGCCGCUACCUGAUUAAACCUUGCAGCAAAACUUCAACAGUGUUGAGUCGAUGCUUCCGCUAGAGAAAUUGAAGCUAUAGAUAAUGACUCCAUUUGCAGAGCUGCUUUCUUCAUCAAGACAUCUUUGGUUUAUUUGUCAAUUUUGUUAUGCUUUGGUUAUCUUUUCCAGUGGCUUUUGAGAAUGCAAACUACAAAUGUCAUGUUUCUUGACCAAUGUUUUCCGUUUUCUAUCUUUUGAGGAAACAGAAGCUGUUGAAGUAGCUUUCUUUUAAUAGACAUUCAUUUC